GCUUCAGGACCUGGUCCUCCUGUGUCCCGUCAGGCUGUGGGGUGCCAAGAUGGCGGCGUCUAUGGGCAGGUUGCUGAAGGCAGUGGAGCAGCCCCUGGGCAGGGGUCUGAGCGCUAACCGGCAGGUUUGCCAGGGCCUAGAAGAACUGCUGAGCCCUGUAAAGCUGUGCGCCUCUGCUGCCGUUAUUACUGUGAGAACAAAGAAGAGACAUUAUGUUCCGCCACGUAAACAGGACGGCACUGUUGAUCAGGAGAAAGCAGCUCGGGCUGCAGGACUGGUGAUUCGGCAGCAAUACAUGGAACGACCCAUCAACAUAUCGUGUACAGCUGGAAUAUUUGAUCCAUAUAUCCCACCUGAAGGUGAUGCUCGCAUGUCCCCCCUAACAAAGGCAGGAUUUAAACAACGUGCAGAGCAGAUCAAGCAAAGUGCGGCCACACAGCUUGCAAUCCGAAAAGUGAAAGAAUAUGAUCAAGAAUUCCGCUCAAAGGACUUUGCCUCAAAGGCCCAAGAUAUUUACAUUGAGGCACACAACUGCCUUGUGAGUUUUGACAAAGUAUUGCUUCACAAGUUGGUAACGGAGCGCUGUUACCCGGAUAUGGUGCGUGGCAACAGGUACAAGACCAUUCACUGGAGAUUUCUGCAGUCGCUGGAAGCACCGAGGCUUGUGCAUGUCCGAUGCCCUGACAUGGUCAGCAAAGGCAACCUAUACGGUCAGGUUACUGUCAGAUUUCACACCCAGCAGACCUUGGCAAUUUAUGAUCGUUUUGGUCGGCUAAUGUAUGGCAAUGAAGAUUUAGCGAAAGAUGUUCUGGAGUAUGUGGUGUUUGAGAGACAUUUAGUUAAUCCCUAUGGUUUGUGGAGAAUGCAUGGGAAGAUAGUACCUGCAUGGGCCCCUCCCAAAGACUCUAUCAUUAAGACCAUUAUGAUCCCUGGACCCAGACUCGAGCCAUGGGCAGAGAUUGAGGUGAAGAAUAUUGAAAUCCCCAAACCUGAAUCCGUACAAUGGAGCAAAUGAGGAACUGCGCAGAGCGAGAGAGACUGAAAACUGUGUUUGAGCUGUCCUGCUUUCCCUCAGAGUUUUAUGUUUCAUUCAAUAUAGUGGACAUGAGUUGAAUUUUUAUAUGCCACUUUGUCCUUUGUUCACCAACUUAGUCUGCCAGGAAAACCAAAAAAAUGCCAAUAUCCCUCCCAUAAGAGUCAAUGUAUGUCAGAACACAUCAGUUUUCCUUCACUCCUAGAAUUACUUAAACAUGGCAUCGGUACCUGAACUCACUUUUCUGAGUCUAAUAUCAGAGUGAGCUUCUUUCAAUUUUUAUUAUCCCAAUCAUUUAUUUCUGAGCAGUUACUCCAACCCAGUACAUUUACAGCCACUGAAAGCUAGGUUUAACAUGAGAUAUUUGCACAGGCCUUAUUUUAAAACUGUAGUAAAUACUAUUUGAACCUGGUUAAUAAAGCAGAGCUGGAAAAACUCAGUCUUAUUCAUCACUGAUGCAUUUAAGCAUCUAUAAGGAGAGUACAAAGAAAGUGGAAUUUAUCCUAAAUGAAAAUCGAAAGAACUGUGAAAGCUGUAAAUCAGAAACAAAAACAGAAAUUACUGGAAAAGCCCCAGCAGGUCUGGCAGCGUCUGUGGAGAGAAACGUUGACUCGAUCUGAAACACUAACCUGAUCUCUCCCUACAGAUGCUGCCAGACCUGCUGAACUUUCUCAGCAAUUUGUUUUUGUUUCGAAUUUAUCCUGUGGUAUUGAUUCUGGAUUGGUUUUCACUGCAUCCCACGUGGAAUAAUUAAUACUCAGGAAUGAGUGCUGUAGCUUAAUGGACCAAGUCUAAAGGCGGGGAAUUUCAAGGUUUUCGGAAAUGCCUUAAAUGGUCUAGGAAGUCAGGUGAACCUUGCGAUCAGGUGCCAGUCUUGCAACUUAUACCCUAGGAAUGACUUCCAAAUAGAAUGAAGCGUUCCAAUUUAUAAAUUAUGAUGUGGAGCUCUGGUUUGGAGUUCAAGGUUUACUGUUUCUGUUUGAUAAUGAAAAAUAAAAUCUAAAGUAUAUGUAUUGUGUCCACAAAGCACAAGAUGUAAUGUGUGUGAGUGUCAAUGUAAGCUGUUAAGUGGAAUGAUGAGGCUUGCAUUCAGCCUCCCAUCUACAGGUUCUAAUGUGGUGUUUCCAACCAAUCAUCAGAGGCUUUGUGCUUCCUCAUGGGGAAGGCAUGUGGGUGUGCCAGUGGGCUGUUCAAAUCUACAUGAGCACGUGUGGAGAGCUUCCUUACCAAGUGUUAUGGACACUGAACUGAAAGAAGGAUGUGCAUCUGCAAAACACCUUGCACCAAGCAAAGAAGUACUUUUUGAAGUGUGUUUACUGUUGUAGAAGUGCAGUUGCCAAUUGUGCAUAUAGCAGUGUUAUAAUGAGCAGACAGUUUGUUUUGCUGAUUCCAUUAAAGCUUCUCCUGAAAGUAUAAGAAAAAUA